CCUUAUUACUGCGAAAUGGUUAGUUACUACAAAAUGAGAAACUCAUUUAAGACUUUUAACAAACACUUCACUUUCAUUUCUUUUCAUAAACUUCGUUACUCUUAUGGUUUCAUAGCUUCUUCUUCUUCUCUCACACAUCUCACCUUCUCUCAAUUCCGCUCAUCAUUUUCCGCAUCUCCGUCUUCUACAUUUAUGGAGGUAUUCAAGGAAAUUGCUAAGCAAGACCUUGCAUCCCAUGGAAAUGUUGCUAUCAGAGCUGAUCACAAGAGCUAUAGUUACAAGCAGCUAAUCUCGUCGGCACUCGAGAUUUCUAAUCUCUUAUGUGGAAGUGAUGUCAAAGGAAAUGUUGCUGGAGCUCGAAUAGGAAUUGUAGCCAAACCCUCUGCUGAAUUUGUUGCUGGAAUACUUGGGACUUGGCUUAGUGGAGGUGUUGCUGUUCCGCUUGCGGUCAACUAUCCCGAAGUGGAGCUUCUGUAUGUGAUGAAUAAUUCGGACACAUCUGCAAUACUGAGUACUGAAGAUCAUAGUGAACUAAUGCAAAACAUUGCCAAUAAAACCUCUUCAAAUUUUUUUCAUCUUCCACCUGUUGCUAAUAAUUCGUUAGAUAAGAACACAGACGAACAUUCACAAAAUGGAGAAGUUGAUGCAGCCAGAAUUUUCCUGGAGAAUAUUGAAAGAUCAAGUGAAGACCCGGCACUCAUUUUGUACACUAGCGGAACAACAGGUAAACCUAAGGGAGUUGUUCAUACACACAGAAGCAUCAUUGCUCAGGUCCAAUCAUUGACAAAAGCGUGGGAGUACACUUCUACUGAUCAGUUUUUGCAUUGUCUCCCGCUGCAUCAUGUCCACGGGCUUUUCAACGGUUUACUGGCCCCUCUCUACGCUGGUUCCACGGUUGAGUUUUUGCCAAAAUUUAGUGUCAGGGGAGUUUGGCAGAGAUGGCGCGAAUCAUAUCCAAAUGAAGGGUCUAAGGCUGAUGAUGCUAUAACAGUAUUCACUGGAGUUCCAACUAUAUAUGCUCGAUUAAUUCAAGGGUAUCAUGCGAUGGAUCCGGAGCUACAAGCUGCUUCAGCAUCGGCUGCAAAGAACUUGCGUCUAAUGAUGUGUGGAUCCUCGGCACUUCCGCAACCUGUUAUGCUAGAAUGGGAAGCCAUCACUGGGCAUCGCUUAUUGGAGCGAUACGGCAUGACUGAAUUUGUCAUGGCAUUGUCAAAUCCAUUGAAAGGUGAGCGUAAAGCAGGCACAGUUGGAAAACCACUGCCCGGCGUACAGGUCAAGAUUCUUUCAGAUGGAGAGAAUUGGAGUGAAAAAACAGGAGCCAGCGGCGAGCUUUGCGUUAAAAGUCCUUCACUGUUUAAAGAAUAUUGGAAACUUCCAGAGGUAACGAAGGAAUCAUUUACGGAAGAAGGAUUCUAUAAGACUGGAGAUGCCGUUACAACAGAUAAAGAUGGAUAUUACAUCAUUCUAGGACGUACUAAUGCGGAUAUCAUCAAGGCCGGGGGCUAUAAGCUGUCUGCGUUAGAAAUCGAAUCAGUUAUAAUAGAGCAUCCAAGUGUCUCAGAAUGUUGUGUCUUGGGAUUACCACACAAAGAGUAUGGAGAAAUUGUCGGUGCAAUUAUCGUGCCAGAGGCCGAUAUUAAACGAAAGCAAGAUGAAGAAUCAAAGCCUGCUCUUAGCCUAGAAGAAUUAUCCACCUGGGCCAAAGAUAAACUUGCACCUUACAAGAUACCAACUCGACUAAUCGUGUGGGACUCACUCCCCCGCAAUGCAAUGGGGAAGGUAAGUAAAAAAGAGCUGAAGAAGAUUCUAGCUUCAGAACAGUAAAAAAGUGCUGUCUAUGUGACUCCUCAUGUAUAUAUAUCAAUGAUAAAGAAUAGUACUGUUUUCAACCAUUCACAUUUUUUCUUGUUAAUAAGUUGUCUUCAAUUGGUGGGAAUAUGAUAGAAUUGUUCGUAGCAA